AUUUUAUAGUUUGGAUAUUUCGCUAUUUACAAAUGGCAGCAGUGUGAAAAUUGCAUAAGACAAUUUUAUUUCACCCAAAUUUAAAAAUGGCGUCAGAAGAGCAAGUCGUGUUAGACGAGACCGUUUUAUUAGAAGAUCUUCAACAGGAAGCGUUGGACGUGUUUAAGCAGGCGAAUUUCGAUUGCAUUGAGCUAAUUACAUUUCAACGAUCACAGUUUGAAGCAAAGCUUGCCUUAUUCCCUGAAUUCGUCGUAAACAACUUGUGGGAAGUUGUUUCCGAGUGGAGGACCCGUAACGAUCUUGACUUCAACUUCACAAUCGAAGACGGAAUCGACUCGGACCAGAUCAACAGUGAAAGCGAAACGACGAGCCCAUCCCAGCGCGCCAUUUCACCGAUCGAGACGCCAGCUGGAUGCUCCGGCAAGGACGGCACGGAUCUUGUUGUCCCCGGCCAGAACGGUAUCAACUACUGUUUAACAAAACUUUAA